CGACACCGGCGUCGGCCUCACCCCGAGCAGAUGCAGGUCCUCUUCGAGCGCUUCUCCCAGGCCUCGCCCCGCACCCACGCCCAGUACGGCGCUCGCCGAGCUGCACGGGGCCAGAUCGGCGUCUCCUCCCAGGCCGCCUCCGGCAGCACUUUUGGCUUCUUCAUCACCGCCCGCCGCGCCGAGCGCCCGGACUGCGACGUGCAGAUGACGGAGCAGCAGAUCCGCCUCGAGCGCGACCUCGCCGACGCCGCCAGCCUCAACCACCCCAUCGCCCCGCGCCGCCAGGAUAUCUCCUCCCCGGGCCCCGCCUCGGCCGAUUUCGCGCCGCCCUCCGCGGAGGUCGUCCCCACCCCCGUCUUCGACCCCAAGGACCUGCGCAUCCUCGUCGUCGAGGAUAACCUCGUCAACCAAAACGUGCUGCCCGACGGCGGCUGGCGCCUUUCCGUCAUCCUCAUGGACCUCGAGAUGCCCAACAUGGAUGGCCUGACGUGCGUGCGCGAGAUACGGAAGAUGCAGGCUGCCGGUGCCAUUGCCAUUCACGUGCCCGUGAUCGCGGUGACGGCCAACGUGCGCGACGAGCAGAUUGCCACCGCGAGGAUGGCGGGCAUGGACGACGUCGUCUCCAAGCCAUUCCAGAUACCGAGCUUGCUUAAGAAAAUCGAGGCGUUAUUGAUGGAUAACAACGAUAUCGGCGUUGCGUACCACCGAGGCAUCGCCUUCUUCGCCCUGCCUACGAGCAAUGGCCGACGCUAUCCCGCCACCGCCGGUCGACUGCAGGGUAUAGCGGCCCGCGGCGAACCUCUCCUCGUCGGAAUAGCGCGUGACCCAGACGGCGUGGGCGCCGAAUUCCGACCGCUUCGCGUGGAAGGAGGUGGGAUGGGCCAUGAUCAUCUGGCUGUAGUGGGGGUGGAUCUUGUAGCCAAUGGGUGUGCCGGUGGUCGGGUUGAUGACGUUCUCGUUGAUAAUCUUGAACGUGCGGUUGGUGGCGAAGCUCAAGUCCAGCCCCGCCUCGCGUUCCACGACGGUCGAGGUAGUCGUAUACCCGGUGCCCAGCGGGUUGUGGACGGCCGGGUCGUCCAGAGGCAUGGGGUGGGACUCCUCCACCAGGAGCGAGUUGGCGUGCCCGUCGAGGCUAGGGCAAAACAGGUGCUGGUGGAACGGCGCGACGACGCCCGGCGCGAUAAUGGUCCCGUACGGCACCGUUGCGCCCACGUCGAUGGGACAGGUGGAGAGGAUGCCCGUGGCGCGGACCUCGUAGCUCAUGGCCGCGUCCUGGCCAAAGUGGAAGGCGAACACGUACUCGUAGUUGCCGACGGUGAUGAUGGUUUGCAGGACGAGCAGCCGCGAGCGCGUCACCACGGCGUUGCCGGUGCGGAAGUUGGUGUGCUUCCACAGGAUGCCGUCGUCCUGCUCGUGGCAGCACACGACGUUGGGGAGCUUGAGGGGCUCCCGGUUGUUGGCGUUGAUGCCCGCGCCGUCGUCGCCGAGAUCGAAGGCGGCCUUGCGGGUGCUACGGCCGUCGUAGCGGACGUUGUGGAGGGUGAGGCCCUCGCGGUAGUUGAAGCCCACGUGCAUUUCCCACUUUUCCCACUGGAGAAGGUUGCCGACGACGCGGAACGAGGGCCCCUCCGGCUGGCUGACGUGUUUCCGAAUCUCGGCUUGAAUGCGCGCGUCGGCCAAGCACACGGCCUCUACCUGUUGCAUGAAGUCUGGGUCGAUAAACGUGUGUUUUCCUUCCUGAACCUCUUCAGAGAGGACGGUGCCUUUGUCAAGAUUGACGAUGAGGUCAACCAAAAUUCUCCGGGGGCCAUCCUCCUGCUUGCUCUUCAGAAGCUGGACAGAGGCACAUCGGGGCGGAAGGGAUGCUCCGGAGACACCGGCUUUUUCCUGUUCAAGAAAGACGAGCGCUUCAUGCUUGGGCGGCUCUCUCAGGGUGAUGGCACGGAAGUUCAAGUCACAUCCGGGUAG